UGUGUGCCGUCGACACAUGACGUCGAAUAAUACUUAUUAUUUAGUGGCUAGCCCAUAGCAUGUUGCAGCUGUAGUGGGAGCAGUGAAUGCAACAAGUCAGAGUGACCAAGUCUGAUCGAUCCCUUCAAGUGUUAAUUAGGACCGAUCGAUCAGUAGAUCGACUAGCAGGCCCAUGACUGGUCUGGUCAAGCAAUUAGAGUCAAAUUACUUGACGUGCUUGUUGCAACCGUUGGAUUAUUGCUCGAUCACAUUCAGCUAAAUAGCAAGUACUUCCAUUGUUCUAACUAACAAGACACAGCUGUCGAUGGAGGCGAAGAAGCCUUACCUGAUCGCCGUCGUCAUACAGCUUAUAUACGCCGGCAUGUUCGUCGUCUCCAAGGCAGCCUUCGACCAUGGCGUCAACACCUUCGUCUUCAUCUUCUACAGGAUGGCCGCCGCCUCGCUGCUCCUGCUGCCGGUAGCCAUUACCCUCCAAAGGAAGAACGUGAGGUCCAUGUCCAUGGGCCUGCUCCUCAAGCUCUUCUUCUACGCCUUGAUCGGGAACACAUUCAGCUUGAACCUGUACAACGUGAGCAUGAAGUGGACAUCGGCGACCGUGGCGUCCGCGUCCAGCAACUCCAUGCCGGUCAUCGCCUUCUGCCUGGCGCUGCUGCUGAGGAUGGAGGCGGUGAGUCUGAGGAGCCGCUCCGGCGUGGCCAAGGUCGCCGGCGUCGCUCUCUGCGCCGCCGGAGUCUUGGUCCUCGCCUUCUACGCCGGGCCGGCGCUCAGCCCCGUGACCCGCCGCCGCGCCGCCUUCUUCGCUGCCGCCCACCACGCAACGGACAAGCAUCAUCCGGCGAGCGGCGGGACGGCGUGGGUGGAAGGAGCGUUCUUCAUGGUCCUCGCCAACGUCACGUGGGCCCUCUGGAUCGUCCUGCAGUCCGCGUUGCUGAAAGAGUACCCCAACAAGAUGCUUGUGACGGUGACGCAGUGCGUGUUCAGCAUGACGCAGUCGUUCGUUGUGGCGGUGGUGGCCGAGAGGGGCGACUUCUCCGAGUGGAAGCUCCGGUUCGACAUUAGCUUGUUAGCCAUCCUUUACACGGGGUUUGUGGUAACGGGCGUGUCCUACUACCUCCAGGCAUGGUGUAUGGAGAUGAAAGGCCCCGUCUUUCUGGCCAUGUCCAACCCGCUCUGCUUCGUCUUCACCAUAUUCUGCUCGUCCUUCUUCCUCGGAGAGAUCGUUCACCUUGGCAGCAUCGUAGGUGGUGCUCUCCUGGUUGCAGGACUCUACAGCGUGUUGUGGGGUAAAAGCAGAGAAGCCAUGGAGUCUGAGGCGGAGGGAAUGGAAGAUCACGCACCGUCAUCCAUGGACGAACAGGCGUGAUUAACAACAACACAGGUCUUACGACGUCGGAAGAGACGUGUAAAGUAGUAGUGUGAACAUCAGUUAUGAUGCUCUGCCUCUAGACCUAAAGACAUGUAUAUAUGCUAGUUGUAUGUUAGCCUCUGUUUGGUUUGGGUGAUUAAAGUUUAGUCAUUUUUAGUAUAUAAAGAAGCAAACAUGAUGACUAAAGUGGAUUAGCUAAACUUUAAUUCUUUAGUCACCAAAGGUGUGACUAAAAGGAACUAAAGUAUAAUUUUUACCUUA